AUGAACUCUUAUGCACGAAGCAUGAUCGAGGCCCAUCACUUGACUACCCCAACAUCCGUCUACGGCCUGCCUAUAGGCGGCGAUGAAAGACGAGACUUCGAAGGUGUAGGUGGAUGGCGCUCGUACCGGUCAUCCAAAACAAACAGCUCGCAUAAAACACAUGAGAAAGCCAUAAACUCGACUCCGUCCUCUUCGACACAUAGCACCGGCGGCGACAUUGAUCCAGACGCAGACAUCGACGCAGAAGAGCGAGCCUGGCUCUCUCUGAAUAACCGUCUCGAGCUCCCCUCGCAACUCGUCACGCUAAGCACAAGUAUCCACUCCGGAAGCUCCCUGACCAGUCCUGAAAGCGCCGACUGGCACAGUAGCCGCAAUCUCCAGUCACUCAAGGGAGCAAUGAGCUCACAGAGCAUUUACAAAGAGAAACAACUAGACGGGUCAAAACACCACCACCGCUCACUCACGACUUCCACGCUGACGACCUCUGACCGGCGCACGGGAGUGGGACUCUCGGCGCUGUUAACCCGGCCUGAUAACGCAGCUGUUCAUUCGGGGGAGCACGACCAGUCGAUGUUGCCGUCAACAGCACGACUAACGGACCCAUUAAUAACGCCCCAGCCAUACGCACGGCUAGAUUCAAACUCGAAAGCACAGUUGCGGGCUCGCCCGCGCGCUUUCCCUGCUAGCGGUGCGCCGUUUACAAGCUCCUAUCUCUCCAGCUUCGGGGAUGGGGUAAGCCACAGCUUCGGGAGCAAUAGCAGGGGAGGGGCUUUUGCCAACGAGGGCGGUGGUUAUUUUUCUCUGAGGCGGCCUGGGUCCUCUGGUAGCCACAUUCUCUCUGAAAAAGUUAGCCCUAGUGCCAGUGGUUAUACGACUCCCGCGGUUGAUUUGUCGACUGAGGGGCCUGAUGCUUCAUCAGUGAGGCUAGCGCGCUUGAUGGCGCAUUACCCCACUGGCCCUAGGCAUCGGAGACAAAGUAUCUCUGGGCCGAAUUUGAGGGGACCCGCUGCUGGGGAUCGAGCUGGAUGA